AUGGGUAGUGAAUUACGUAGAUGGACAUCCGUCGCACUAUUCAUUUUUAGUUUACUUUCCUGCACUACAUCGGCAACUGAAAAAGAAAAAUUAUUGGUGUGGAUUCAAGAGCACAGUGAUAUGUUUGUCAUGUUAAAGCAUUGGAAUGAUUUACCUCUAAUAUCCACUGCAUGGAAACGACUAAAGACGACUUCUCAGGUGCAGGAAGACCGCAAAAAUUUCAUAAAGAACGUUGAAAGUUUUCUUGAGCUUUUCGGAGAUGAUUUAAAAAUCAAGGCAGACAGCAACAGUUCACAAAAUGUUCAAAUACCUAAACUCAAUGCAACUAUGGAAGUUGCCUUGUCUCGUGAAAACUCAACGUCCGGAUCUGAGUUGAAAGACAACGCAAUGACGUCAGUAGACGGGGAUAAAAGCGUUAGUUUAAAAAACGAAACAGAUACCAAUCGAGCUACACAUUUCGAAAUAGAAGCUUUCAAGUGUGAAAAUGUCACAACAAUAACUGUCAACAAAAAUGUUUCCUUAAAUUCGUGCACCUGCAAUGAUUCUCAACAAUUUGACCAAAGAUCUUUCUUACGGGAUUACGAGGACGAGAAACGCUGGUUGCGAAGUCAGCUAAUUCCGUUGAAUUAUCUGUUUGAAAAACUUAAAACGGUUGAAGACAGUUUUACGAAUUUACAGCGAGUCGACUGUACAAACGCGAUAAAGAAGGAUGAGACAAAUAGCAAUACGACCUCAAGCGCUGAUACCGGGGCAGGUAAUCCAGAUGUCCACCAAGUUCUUUUGCGGCUUGAGAACCUUGAAAAGCUAAGCAAGACGUUUUCUAAAGAAUAUGAAAAUCUCACUGCGGCAAUCGCGUUAAUGCAAGAGACCGCUAAGGCAACAAGCGAGAAUUUUGAAUUGCUUUCAAGCCGCGUGUCGGAACUUGCAGUUUCCAAGACUGCUUUAGCCGAGCGCAAUAACACGGAAGACGUAGAAUACUGCCCAGAACACUUAGAUGAACGGGUCCCUUGCGCCGAAGUUGGCAAUUCUUGCUACUGUUUUUCCAAGUUACAAAAAAAUUGGACAUCCGCGCAAGAAUUUUGUCGAAAAAAUGACAUGUACUUGUUGAGCCUUGAAACGCAGAACGAAACUGAUUUCAUUAAUAACUACAUUAAAAAUUCAGGGUUGCCAAAAGAUUUUUACUGGACAUCAGGAAGCGAUGAAGCUAUUGAAGGUCAAUGGGUUUGGACUUCGACGCUAGAAAAUGUGACCGUCACAAACUGGAGGAACAACCAGCCAGAUGGUGGGAAAAAAGAAAACUGGGUAUCACUGCCUGGGGAGAAUUUUCCAAUGACAUUUCGCAGGGAUUGAGAAAUGUCAAGGAGACUUCCACCUUCCAAACAAUUGAGGAAAAGGUGGAGGAGGUUUCCAAGGCGAUUUCUAGUGCUCCCUUGUA